UUCACCAACUUUGGUAUCUCACAUGGAUAAAACGUUCUCCGCUGUGGAAGGGAGAUCAGUGGAUAUAUUAUGCGGUGCGGCGGGGAAUCCAACACCUUUAAUAUCCUGGUAUAAAAAUGGACUUAAAAUUUUACCUUCAAAUGGCAGUGUUGCAGGCAACAUCAAAAUUAUGGACGAAAAUAUGCGACUACGAAUUGAUCCGGUUCUAGAAACUGACUUCGGCGUAUAUAAAUGCGUUGCAAGAAAUAUCCUGGGUGAAGACUCGAAGCAAGGAGUGUUAUUUGUGCGUAGUGAGUACUUCACGUUAUCUCUAAUUGCAGCUUAAAAUACAUCAGAGAUGUAACGCUUACAAAUUAAAAAAUAUUUGACUGUUUUGUAAUACUGCUACACCUUUCCUUGUUCUGCGCAACCUCUUUCUUUACCAUCUGUAGAAAUUUAAAAUACACUGCUGUGUCUGUAAUGAUUAUGUAUUUUUUUUUUUAUUAUUUUUUGUUAUUAUUAACUUAAUUUCUUCUAUCAUUACAGCAAAAAUUAACAAGCAGAUUGACAUUAGAAAAUGUUUAUAUAUAAAUAGGUCAUGAUUGACAUCAAUAAAAUAUUUAGUGUUCUUUUCUAUUA